AUGAACGCUCUCGUCGUGACUUCGCUCCAGCUCAAGCCGCGCGAUGCUGCGCUCCACGCGCUUGCCCGCCCAGCGCCCGCGCCCGUUGCAUACGUCAACAUCUACGGCGACUGGGAGGUGGCGCAACGGUUGCCGCCACAGCUGUCGGUCCUCGUCCAGCCUUCGUCGCGCUUGAAAGGCCGUACAAGCCCUGCAGCUUCGCCGCCCACCCGCCCGCCUCCGCCUUGGCUGGACCACACGCUCGCUGAGCUGAGCUCGGCCACCGCUGCUGUCCGUGAGAUCAUGACCGCACUGAAGCGGCAUGACUCGGAUGGGCAUCUUCCGACGCGGACUCUGCCUCGGCUCGCGCGCUCGUUAGCGCUCGUCGCCUCGGCGUCAUCGGCCUCGCUCACCUCCACCGCAGAUCCCGGUGAGGUCGCCGCCAACGCUGCCUCCCGCCUUGCGCUCAUUGGUCGUAACGCUGAAGAAGCUGAGGCUGCACUCAGCGCUCUUGACGCCCUCGUCGCUGCCGAGCCGCACAAGUCGCUCCUCCACCACAACGUUGCGGUCAUCCGCAACUCCAUCCAGCGCCUCACGUCGGCUGUCAUUCACCGACUCGACUUGGAUCUGGAAAUUGAUUCCAAGAGCGCCAUGUCUGCAGGCGACGCCUGGGACCAAAGUCGCCGUGAGGAUGCCAAACGCCGGACAGAGGCGAUCAUGCUCCGCCACGCCGCACUUCGCCGCAUGCGUGAGCGCCCGCCGCCGCCACCGCCACCGCCGCCUCCGACUCUCGACCAAACUGUGCUUGUCACUACCUCGCUCUCGCCGGCAAAGCAGUAUUCGGCCCAAGAGGUCUCAAUCGCGGUCGACAAGGCGCGCAAAGCCGCCAAAGGUCUUGCGGCCGCGGCUACCACCGGCGACGAUCGGGGCGUCGUCCUCUGGCACGACUCCUUUCGCCACUCGGUUCACACCCUGCACUCGGCUGCUGCCUCGGUCGCUGCCAAGCCGCAAGUCUCAGUUCCGAGCAAGACCCGCCUCACGCUCGCCACCAUCGAGCUCGAGUCUGCCGUCACGGUUUUCGAGCCAGCUGUCGUCCGCGCCAAGGCUGUCGCCUCUUCCAUCCUGCCGCCGUCGUUUGAGGCCGACGUCCUCCCUCCGCAGCACGCGCCGUCGUCAGCCGACGCGGCCUUGGUCAUCCACGCCAUCGACCGCGUCGACAAUAUCCUUGCCCCGCACCUCGACCUCGCGCCUGGCCAGCUGCCGCCGCUUGUCCCCUCGCUUGAUUCGGUCUCGAAUAUUGUGCGCAUCAAGCCGCCGGAGCCGCUCGAACCGUCGGCACAACUCGUGCACAUGCCCUCUGACCCGGGCUCGAGCUCGUCGUCGAGCUCGUUGUCACUAUCAGCCAUCCCACCGGGCAUGUACGCUUCGUACUCGUACUCAUACUCGUCAUACUCGAUUCGGUCCUCGGACUCGACCUUUCACUCGUCGUCCAGCCUGGAUCUCGUUUCGCCCGCGAUUGACGAGAAGAAAUGGUGGGAGGAAGCCGCUGAGCUGGAGCUGCUGGACGACGCUGAUCUGGAGCUGAUUUGGAGCAAGCAUGUGCUCGAGCGCCGUGGCAAGCUCCUCUAUGUGCCAGUCCUUGAUCCUGUCGAGCUUCCAUCAGGCAUCUCCCACAAGUAUCGCCGCUUCCGCACCCUUCGCACCGCGCGCAACCAUUGGAUCGUCGUCUUUUCCGCUCGUCCGCCGAAGGCGCUGCUACCCCGCGACGAUGGCAAGCAGCCCAAAUCGUGGCGUGCGCAGCAGCAUCACUCCGAAGCUGCAUCGCGCCGCCGCGACACGGAGCUCACCGUUACUCAUGUUGUCCGCGGCGACGCUGUGGUCGGCCGCGUUCGCAAGCGGCGCCGCAGGCUGCGAAGCAUUGUCCGCUCGCCACUGCUGGCGCCUGCUUCUGCUGACAAGCCGGAAGCUCAACUUCUUGACGAGGUCCGCGACAUGCUUGCCGCCUUUUUGCCCUCGCUCCCGGCCAACUACGGCGUCUCGCAUCCAUCUUGCUCGGACUCGUCCGACGGUUCAGCCGCAGCGUCGGCACUGAGCUCAGCUCCAUCCUCAGUUUCGUCGUCUGUGUCGUUCUCAACGUCACCGAAGCUGCCACAGGCGCAGUCUGCACUCUCACCGCCGUUGCCGCCGCGCUCAAUCUCGGCAGCCUCGGCCUCGCCGCGUCACGCCUCGAACGUGCGUGACUCUCAGACGCCCGGCUCGCCAUCAGACAGCCUGUCACGCAUCCGCACCGUGGCCGAGCGUCGCCUGCUUGCGGCCUCGCCGCGUCGCGCCAUGUCGCUCGCCGAGUCGCGCAGUCGGAUGGAGACCCGCAACAGCUCGGGCCUCUUAUACAAUGCCUCAGGCGAUGCGUUGCUGCUCUCGCACCGGUUCCUGGCCACUGUCACCCAAUCGCCGGGCCGGCGCCAACUCUUUGACCGUGCCCGUGACAAGUGGGGCGACCAGUUUGCCAACAAGCUGCAUUCGGCUGUCGACUUGACGCUCAGCUCUGGCGCUGUACGCGAUCCCAACUCUGAUGCGGCCGUCGGCGAGCUCUUUUCUGCCAUUCAGGCUUCGCUCGAUGUCGUGUCCCGGUCACAAUCGCGAACAUCGCGCUCGGCCUCUGUAGUGUCGGCUGCGUCUCGCUCGCGCUCACGCUCGGCCUCGCGUUCUCAUGGAGACCGCUCCGACUCAGUCAGCCGCGAGGCUUGCACAUCGGCAUCGAGCUCGCCUCGCGCCCUUUCGCGCAACUCGUUCUCUAUGGCUCUCCCGUACGCACCCCAGCGCGAGGCGUACGUUCCCUCGCAGAUACGGUCUCGACCGUCGUCGAUCUCCCCGCGUCCGGCUUUAAGUCCUGUUCAAGUAUCCGGCUCGUCGUCGUCGUCUCCAUCGUCUUCAGCAGCAGAGAGCGCUUGCGUGAAGCAGAGCUCAAGCUUGAGCUUGCACUCGGGCUCGCUACUCCCGAGCCCGCAACUGCUGGACGCCCCAGUCGAGCUCGCCCCUGGCUCGCGGCCGCCACCGGCGCGCUCGGUCCAGUACGCUCAGUGGCCAAGCGCCGCUCAAAAAGAGCCUGAUGAACUGUCGUCGAGCUCGUCUAGCUCAUUGUCUGAGAUGCCGCUUGUCGGGGCGCAUGCCGCAUACGAGCCAUCACCCACGUCGUUGGCCGUGGCCGCUAUCGCUGCCUCCUCUGCCGAUGACGUGGAGAGUCUUGUCGCCCGUGGCACGGCGCGGCGCAAGCUUGGCCUUCUUGCUGAGGCCAAAAGAGACUUGCAUGAUGCGCUGAAGCGUGCCGAGACGCGCGCCAAGCCCGUCAUCGAGUACGAGCUCCAUGUGACCGAGCUGUUGGGCGGCGAGCUGACGGCAGCACUCGAGUGCCUUGACCGGGCGAUGAAGGUCAUCACCGAGUUUGAGAAGGCUGGCGCCGUGGUUGACGACGCGCCUCAAGUCCGGGUUGCGUACGGCGAUCUAAUGGCUCGCGAAGGCCGCGACCUCAUGGCUCGCGCCGCAUAUGACAAGGCCAUCCGCCAGGAUCCCGAGUGCGGCCUCGCCCACUUGGGCCGUGGCAAGCUCCUCCACUCGCGGUUGGGCAAGCCGCAAGCUGCGCUUACCUCGCUCAAGACCGCAGCACAGCUGCUGCGGAAAGAGAAGCCCGACCUGGCAGCCGAGGCUUUUGCCCGCAUUGCGCGGAUCCUGGCGAGCUCGGCCAACCACACCGGCGCCAUCGACGCGUACCUGUCAUCCAUGGCCUCAUCGCUCGAGGCCGGCGUUGCAAUCCCGCCGGCAUCGGUGCUGAAGAAUCUGGCGCGGUCGUACGGGGGCAACGGCGACUACGAGUCGUCGCGGGAGAUGCUCGACCUUGCAGUGGCGCACUACCCGGGCGACGCGUCGGUCUUUUACCUGCGUGGCUGCCUGCGGCGGCUUUGUGAGCCGCGCGGCGCGCUGACCGACCUCUCGAUUGCCAUCACGCUUGCACCCGGCGAGCGGCCUCGGGCGUACUUUAACCGCGCUCUCGUCUAUGUCCACCUCAAGCGGUACCCCAAUGCGCUGGCCGACUACAAGGAUGCGGUGCGGAUCUCGCCCAAGUGGGCGGUGGCACACGUCAACAUUGCUCUGGUGUACAUGAAAAUGCGCAAGUUCCAGUUUGCGCUUGAUGCCAUCUCGGCGGCGCUCGAUGCCGACACGUGCUACAUGCGGGCUUUUCACACGAGGGCGCACUGCUACCUGCUAAUGGAGCUGCCGCAGCACGCCGUCUCCGACUACACGCGGCUCAUUCACGUCACGCCUGAUGAGGCACCGUUGUACGUGUACAGGGCGCGGGCGCUGAUCCUUCUCGGCAAAAAGCGGGCCGCCAACAUCGACUACGCCACGGCCGUGGCGCUGCACCAGACUGCAACAACCGCGCCGACCGCGCCAGGCCUCCUCCGCCAAGCAGUGAGUCAAGCCAGACUUGCUAUGCGUGCGCCGAGACGUGGCCGAAGCCGCAUCGCCACUGUCGCUGCCGAGGGCUCGCACGCCAAGAUGCCAUCGGCGUUUUUGCGGUCUGGGCGGGCGCUGCUGGCAUCGGGCAAGUAUGAGCAGGCGGUCGACGAGCUGCGGCAAGCGGUGGGCGUGCAACCCAACUCGGGUGCGGCGCACGUUGAGCUGGCGCGCGGCUUGCUGCGGCUGCACAAGGUCGAGGAGGCGGUGAUGGUGCUCUCGCGUGGCAUUGCAGGCGAGCCGUCGUUUGGCGAGGCGUGGCACCUGCGCGGCCUGCUUCGAUUCCAGCUUGGCUACUUUGCAGCGGCUAAGUCGGACUUUGACGCGGCGAUUGCAGCCGACCCGGACCAAGUCGACGCGUACCUCUCGCGGGCAGUCUACCAUGAGCGCCGCGGCGAGACGGCGCUCGGCAUCCGCGACUGCCUGGCGGCGAUUGCCAAGGACCCGACGUUUGCGCGGGCGUACGUCAACCUCGGCGCGCUCAAGUUCCGCCUCGGUCACAUCGGAUCGGCGGUGGCCAACCUUACGCGGGCCAUUCGCCUGCAGCCGCGCUCGCGUGUUGGUCUCUACAACCGUGGAGCCAUCUACCACGCCUCAGGCGUCCUGCUCGAGGCUCUGGCCGACUACACUGCUGUCCUCGAGGCCCAUCCUACGUUUGCUCUCGCAUAUCGCAACCGCGGACUUUUGUACUACGAGCUUGGCCUUUGGGCCGAGGCCGUCUCAGACCUCAACUUGGCGUCAGCGCUGCUCUCCAACUCGGAGAAGGAAAAAGAAGCUACCCGACGGACCCUUAAUCCGACUUUGUCGAACGUCGAGCAGCGGCCGAGGCGCAAGCGGCGGCGGCGCGCGACGGCGGCCAGCGCGACCAAGCCUCGCAAGACACAAAAGUCAACUGCCAAACAAGCCACGCAUGCAGCAGCAUUGGCUUCGUCGUCGUCUUCUUCGUCUUCUUCUACCUCGUCUUCCUCGUCAUCAACCUCGUUGUCAUCGUCGUCGUCGUCGUCGUCGUACUCGUACACCUACACUGACGAGUGCUCGAGCGAGAGCGGCGGCGAUGCAGCAUCAAGUGCAGCCGGCCUACCGCCCAUCUUCCUCAACGUUGAGGCCAACAUUGCAGACGAGGAUGCAAAGGACAGCGACGAGACGUCGGAGAUGUUCCAGAUGGCGAAUGUUGUGGGCGAGUGUCUGGUGAGGCUGGGCCGGACCAAGCUUGCACUUGUGGCGUUUACGCGGGCGCAUCGGCUGGUGCCUCACUCUGCGCUGCCGCUGUUUGGACGCGCCGAGGCGCGGCUGGCGACGCUCCAUGCCACGAUUGCAGCGGACGACGGGCGAAGGGCGCUCGAUGCUGCGCUGUGCGAUGUGCAGCGUGGGCUUAUGGUUGCGCCAGACUCGGGGCGUGGAUACGCGCUGCUGGGCCGGAUUCUGCAACGGGACGAGCGCGUGCAACAGGGAUGGCAGGCGUUUUCGACAGCGGUGGUGCUGGCGCCAAAGUGCGUCGAGGCCUGGUAUGGACGGGCGCUGCUGCUGCUCGCAGGCGAACGGUUCCAGGGCGCGCUGAUGGAUCUCAAUGCGGCGCUCAAGGUGGCGACGACGCCGCAGCUGCGGGCCAAGGUGCUGUCGACGCGCGGCGUGGUCCUUGCGCACAUGGGCGUACCGCAGGAGGCUGAAGCCGAAUACGCCAAGGCGAUCAAGGCCGACCCGCGGUGCCACGAGGCAGCCUUCAACCUGGCAGGCUCGCUGUAUGCGCGGGGUGAGGUUGUUGCGGCGGUGGAGCAGUACCGGGCUGUGGUGGCGCUGUGGCCUGCGGACGCGGUUGCGCGCAACAACACCGGCGUCUGUCUAGCGUCGCUCGGCGAGCUAGAAGCCGCGCUGAGCGAGUUCGACGCGGCGCUUGCGCACGAUCCGCAGGGCGGGAUGGUGAGCUCGGCGCUAGUGGUGACGGACGCCAAGCUGGCGCACCACAUUGCGCACGAGGCCGAGCUUGCGCACGGCGAGCGGUCGAUGGCCGACCACGCCGAGGCCGCUAACGACUACGGGCGAGUGCAGCAUGUGCUCGCGGUGCGUGAUGAGUCUGUGGCGCACCUACAGCGGAAGGCACAGCCACGCGAUCCGGAGGCAGUGGAGCGGAAAAAGAGCAUGCGGCGGUUGCGCAAGUCGAUGUCACGACUGCGGCUGAUAGAUCAAUCGGCGGCAACCAAGGACGCAGGCACGGCGGCACGGCGUCGGCACCACGUGUCUGCGGCACGGAUGGCACGGAUCAAGCGCGGGACCGGGUCGGACCCGGUGGUGCUUGUCAAGCGGGCAAGCCAGCUGGUAGCGGCCGACCCGGAGGCGAACCUCGACGAGUCGACACAUCUUGUCGAGGCAGCGCUGAACAUGGACGAUGAAGUGGACGUCGAGACGCCGCAAGUAUUUGGCGAUGACGACGUGCUGGCGUACGACGCCGAGCGGCACCGCGAGGCACUGCUGCGCAAGACAGUGGCAGCGUUCCGGCACCUCCCGCGGCAGCGGCGACUCCAGUCGGGCAUGCCGCUGACGCUACUGGAAAAGGUGGUGCGGAUGAAGCGGCGGCGUGACAAGGCUGUAGCGAUCCUGCACGCUAUGGGGCCGGCAACGUAA